UUCCCCCGCUGCGUCUCUCCGGUGCUGCUUCUCCUGCUCGUGCCCUCACGCGCCAUGUUGUCGGUUUAAACCUUCUUGUUCUUCUUCUUCUUCUUUUAUCUCCGUAGAACAAGUUCCUCCUAAAGUACCAGGAUGUCCAAUGUCUCCCUGCACAUCUCCAACCUGUUGGAUAAAAUGACGUCAACAGACAAAGACUUUCGCUUCAUGGCCACCAACGACCUGAUGCUGGAGCUCCAGAGUCACAGCCUCCAGCUGGACGAGGACAGCGAGAGGAAGGUGGUGCUGAUGCUGCUCCACCUGCUGGAGGACAAGAACGGGGAGGUGCAGAACCUGGCGGUCAGAUGCCUGGCCCCUCUGGUGAGCAAGGUGAAGGAGCCCCAGGUGGAGACGAUGGUGGACACGCUGUGCUCCAACAUGACGUCGGACAAGGAGCAGCUGAGGGACGUGUCCAGCAUCGGGCUGAAGACCGUCAUCGCGGAGCUGCCGCUGUCUCCCUCAGGUCUGAGCCUGACGGUCGGCGUGUGUAAGAAGAUCACUUCCCAGCUGAUCGGGGGCAAGCAGGAGGACGUGUCGGUUCAGCUGGAGGCGCUGGACAUCCUGUCGGACAUGUUGGAAAGGCUGAGUGGUGCACUGGUCAGUUUCCACAGCUCUCUGCUCUCCAGUCUGCUGCCUCAGUUAACCAGCUCCAGGAUGGCGGUGAGGAAGCGCUCCAUCUUGGCUCUCGGCCACCUGGUGCCCUGCUGUAGCCCCGCCCUCUUCUCCCAGCUGACUGAACACCUGUUGACAGAGUUGUCCAAAGCCCCGCCCACUUCGAUGACAAGGACGUACAUCCAGUGCCUAGCAACCAUUAGCCGUCAGGGCGGCCAUCGAGUCGGUGAACAUUUAGAGAAGCUGAUCCCGAUGGUGGUGAAGUUCGUCGCUGUGGAGGAUGACGAGCUGAGAGAGUAUUGUUUCCAGGCCUUUGAAGCCUUCAUACGCAGGUGUCCAAAGGAGAUGUCUCCUCAUAUUGCCACGGUAACACAGCUUUGCCUAAAAUUCAUGACCUUUGACCCGAACUACAACUAUGACGAUGAGGAGGAGGAAGAAAACAGCAUGGACACCGAGGACGGGCCGGACGAAGAGUCCGAUGAGGAGUACAGUGACGAUGACGACCUGAGCUGGAAGGUGCGGCGCUCCUCCAUCAGGUGCCUGGAGGUGCUGGUGGACGCCCGCCGUGACCUCCUGACCUCCUUCUACUCCUCCGUGUGUCCCGCUCUGCUCGCUCGCUUCAAGGAGCGCGAGGAGAACGUGAGGGCCGACGUCUUCGCCGCCUUCUCGGCGCUGCUGAGGCAAACGCGGGCGGCAUCGAGCCGCCGGGGCCUCGGGGCGGGCGGCGAGGAGGAAGGGGAGGAGCCAGCUGUCGUCAUGCUGAAGAAACAGGUGUCCGUCAUAGUGAAGGCUCUCCACAAACAGCUGAAGGAGAAGAGCAUCAGAUCUCGACAGGGCUGCUUCAGCCUGCUGACUGACCUGAGUCACACUGUUCCUGGAGCUCUGGAGACACACAUCCCGGCUCUGAUACCUGGCAUCGUCUUCUCCCUGACAGACAGGUCCACCUCCUCCACCAUGAGGAUCGAUGCUCUCUCCUUCCUCCACGUGCUCCUCCUCUCUCAUCCUCCUCAGGCCUUUCAGCCGCACAUGCAGGUCCUGCUGCCCCCGGUGGUGGCCUGUCUGGAGGACUCCUUCUACAAGAUCACCUCCGAGGCCCUGCUGGUCGCCCAGCAGCUGGUCAGGGUGGCGAGGCCGCCGGGACAGAGCGCCACAGCGCCGGGAUUUGACCCCAGGCCGUUCGUCAGAGAGGUGUUUCCUGUCACCCUGAAGAGGCUGAAGGCCACAGACAUCGACCAGGAGGUGAAGGAGAGGGCCAUUUCCUGUAUGGGUCACAUGGUGUGCCACCUUGGGGACCACCUGGGGGCGGAGCUCCCGGGCGUCCUGUCAAUCAUCCUCGAGAGGUUGAAGAACGAGAUCACGAGGCUGACGGCCGUCAGGACCUUCACGCUCAUCUCGGCUUCCCCAACGAAGGUGGACCUGUCUCCCGUCCUCCAGGAGGCGCUGUCCGUCUUGGCCUCCUUCCUGAGGAAGAAGCAGCGUUCCCUGAAGCUCUCCACUCUGAGCUGUCUGACCGCUCUGCUCACGCAUCACGCCGCCAGCAUCGAACCCGCGGCCCUGCAGCCCGUCCUGAGCGAGCUGCCGGCCCUGGUGGACGAGAGCGACAUGCACGUGUCCCAGGUGUCCGUCUCCUUGCUGACCUCCAUGUCCAGAGCCUGCUCCUCCUCCCUGGCUCAGAUCAGCUCCUCCGUGCUGCCGGGCGUCUUCAGACUGGUCCACUCUCCUCUGCUGCAGGGGGGGGCGCUGGCCUCCAUUCUGGACUUCCUGCAGGCGCUGGUUGUGUCCAACACCAGUAACCUGGGCUACAGCCAGUUGCUGAAGGCCCUCACAGACCCGUUCCACAGCUCCCAGUCCUCCCUCCUCCACAGACAGUCGUACCAGUCUGUAGCUCGUUGUGUAGCAGCUCUGUGCUCCUCCUGUCCCUCAGAGGCACCGGCCACGGUGGCCGGACUCCUGCAGGAGGUGAAGAACCCAGGUUCUCCUGAGUCCGCUCGGGUCCUGGCUCUGUUGUGUCUGGGGGAGCUGGGGAGGAGCAGCAGCCUGGGAGGAAGCAAGGAGGUGCAGGGAGUCAUCCUGGAGGCCAUCUCCUCCACCAAUGAGGAGGUGAAGACGGCGGCGUCCUGCGCGUUGGGCGGCGUGGCGGUCGGCGGCCUGAAGGACUACCUGCCCUUCCUGCUGAAGGAGAUCUCCUCCCAGCCCAGGAGACAGUACCUCCUGCUGCACUCCCUCAAGGAGGUCAUCAGUGCCUGUCCGGCCUCCAGCCUGUCCCCCCACGUGGAGUCCAUCUGGACUCUGCUGGUCCAGCACUGUGAGUGUGAGGAGGAGGGCACCAGGAACCUGGUGGCUGAAUGUCUGGGGAAGCUGACGCUGCUGAACGCGGAGCAGCUGUUACCGAGACUGAGGCAGCAGCUCCGCACUGGUUCUCCUCUGGCUCGCAGCACUGUGGUGACGUCCAUCAAGUUCACCAUCGUAGACCAACCUGCUGCCAUCGACCCUCUGCUGAAGGAGUGCAUAGGAGACUUCCUGGAGACGCUGCAGGACGAGGACCUCAACGUGCGACGCGUCUCGUUGGUGAUGUUCAACUCUGCAGCUCACAACAAGCCGUCUCUGAUCCGCGGUCUGCUGGUAUCGGUGCUGCCCCACCUCUACAGGGAGACCCGGAUCAGGAAGGACCUCAUCAGAGAGGUGGAGAUGGGGCCCUUCAAACACACGGUGGAUGACGGUCUAGACGUGCGUAAGGCCGCCUUUGAGUGCAUGUACACGCUGCUGGACAGCUGCCUGGACGGGCUGGACGUCCUGCACUUCCUGGACCACGUGGAGGAGGGUCUGAGAGACCACUACGACAUCAGGAUGCUAACGUUCCUGAUGCUAGCCCGACUAGCCUCUCUGAGUCCUGCAGCCGUCCUCCAGAGACUGGACCGUCUCAUCGAGCCCCUCAGGGCGACCUGCACCACCAAGGUGAAGGCCGGCUCCGUGAAGCAGGAGUUUGAGAAGCAGGAGGAGCUGCGGCGCUCGGCGAUGCGCGCCGUCGCCGCCCUGCUGGCCGUGCCCGAGGUGGAGAGGAGCCCCGUCAUGGCCGACUUCGCCAACCAGAUAAGAACCAACGCCGACAUGGCGUCCAUCUACCAGAGCGUCCAGGGAGGCGAGGGGGGGGCGGAGAGCAUGGACCUCAGCUAGAGGGGUCGUCUUCAGGAGUGUGUUUAUGUUCCUACGGAAGCCCAGAAGGGCCAAACCCACCCUCUACAGAGACUGUGUGUGUUUGUGUGAGCGGAGGAAGACUGACCACCAGAGGGCACCAGAUCCUGCACACUGCCCCUUUAAGGAUUCCCAGUCUGAACUGGGUUUAGUUCAGUUCAGGUGAAAUAAAGUUUGAACUUUCUCAGA